UCCAAGAUGGCGGCGCCCAGUGGAGCAGGCGCCUGGCGGCUCUGGGCUGGGCUAGUCCCCGUUCUCCUCCUGUUCGCCACGGCCGAAGAGGGGCCCAGCACGGCCGAGUUCGACGUGCGGCCCGGCGGGAUGGUCCAUUCCUUCUCCCGGAGCCUGGAGGAUUACACCUGCACAUUCACAUACGCGUCUCAGGGAGGGACCAAUGAGCAAUGGCAGAUGAGCAUUGGAGUCAGUGAAGACAACAAGCUCUUCUCCUGUUCAGUGUGGAGGCCCCAAGGAAAGUCUUAUCUCUUCUUUACCCAGUUUAAAGCUGAAGUGAAAGGAGCAAAGAUAGAGUAUGGCAUGGCUUAUUCCCAAGCUGCGACGGGUGGACAGAGCGACGUCCCCUUAAAGGCGGAGGAAUUUGAAAUCACCGAAACCACAGUGGCUCACAAAGAAGGGAAGUUCCGUUCCGAACUGUCCAAACUAGUGAUUGUAGCGAAAACGCCCCAUGACGAAUUGUGAUCCGGGGACCUAGGGAAGGGGCUUGUCUCUCGGCUGGAGAAACGUGGCGGAUAAAGGGGACUUUUUCUUAA